CAACGAGAGAAGAGAGAGGUGGCGACCUGAUGGAUCCGACUACUACCGCCAAGCUUGCGACAACGGCAUGCAAGCACAGGAAAGACGGACAGAAAUUCCUGACCGCGGUGCUGGAGACCAGCCAAGGCAUCGACGUCUCGGUGGACUCCGAAGAGCUCGCCGGGCACGUCGACGAACACUUCGACGGCCACGCGGAGGCGGGGAAGGCCAUCGUAGAGGGGUUUAAGAGGGCCAUCCAAGUCGCCACAACAUCACGUACGUAA